AUGAGUUCUUUGCUGCGGUCAUUCGGCGCUCGUGUAGGCCGCUCGUUCAGCCGCACGUUGUCGCCAUGCUGCCGCGCCUUCUCCGCGCAACCUGCCGCGGCAGGCCUGCUGCAGAAAGGCAGCAUCUCGCAAGUCAUCGGAGCUGUUGUGGAUGUCAAGUUCGAUGGCGCGCCGCCGCCAAUCCUUAACGCGUUGUGGGUGAAGACCCCGGAGGGUCGUUUGAGUCUGGAGGUCGCGCAGCACCUGGGCAACGGCGUGGCCCGCACGAUCGCAAUGAGCGCCACGGAGGGUCUCACUCGCGGGCAGGAAGUUGUAGACAGUGGUAGUCCAAUCACUGUGCCCGUCGGCGAGGCCACCCUGGGCCGUAUCAUGAACGUCACGGGUGACGCCCUGGACGGUUGCGGACCCAUCUCCGACUCCAAGCGUCUGUCUAUUCACCGCGAGGCCGUGUCUUUCAGCGACCAGCGCACCGACGAAGCGCUUCUGGUCACCGGUAUUAAGGUCGUCGAUUUGUUGGCUCCUUACGCUAAGGGUGGUAAGAUCGGUCUGUUCGGUGGUGCCGGUGUCGGUAAAACAGUGCUGAUUAUGGAACUGAUUAACAACGUCGCCAAGAAGCACGGUGGUUUCUCCGUGUUUGCCGGUGUCGGAGAACGCACCAGGGAGGGUAAUGAGCUUUACCACGAGAUGAUGGAGACCGGCGUUAUCAAGCGCCGCCAGCUGGAGGACGGCACUUUUGACUUCUCCGGAUCCAAGGCCGCAUUGGUGUACGGCCAGAUGAACGAACCUCCAGGUGCCAGGGCACGUGUUGCCCUUACUGGUCUGACCGUGGCCGAGUACUUCCGUGACGAGGACGGUCAGGAUGUGCUGCUCUUCAUCGACAACAUUUACCGUUUCACCCAGGCCGGUUCUGAAGUGAGCGCGCUUUUGGGGCGCAUUCCGUCUGCUGUCGGUUACCAGCCGACCCUUGCUACUGACCUUGGAGCGCUGCAGGAGCGUAUCACGACGACCAACAAGGGUUCCAUUACGUCCGUGCAGGCGGUGUACGUGCCAGCCGACGAUAUCACGGAUCCGGCGCCCGCAACCACCUUCACCCAUCUGGAUGCUACCACUGUGCUUUCCCGUUCUAUCGCCGAGUUGGGUAUUUACCCCGCCGUCGACCCGCUCGACUCCACCUCGCGUAUGUUGUCUGCGAACAUUGUUGGUGAGGAGCAGUACAACGUUGCGCGUGGCGUGCAGAAGAUUUUGCAGGACUACAAGUCGCUGCAGGAUAUCAUCGCUAUCCUGGGUAUGGACGAGCUGUCUGAGCAGGACAAGUUCGUAGUCGCUAGAGCGCGCAAGGUCCAGCGUUUCCUGUCUCAACCCUUCCAGGUUGCAGAGGUAUUCACGGGCAAGCCUGGACGUUUCGUCGAGCUUCAGGACACUAUCAGCGGUGUCAAGGAGAUUUUGGAAGGCGAGUGCGACGACAUGCCCGAAAUGGCGUUCUACAUGGUGGGAGGAAUUCAGGAAGCCAAGGAGAAGGCGGCCGAAAUGAACAGGACAAAGUAG